AAACAAAAGAGUUCUGCUCGCCCCUCUUUCGGAGAAACCCUAGAUUGGAUUGGAAAUUCCAACAGGAGCUCAAGCAAUCGGACAUCAUCACACAAUGUCCACCGCCGAGCGUAAUCCAAUGUAUUUAUGCCUCGCAAUUCAAUUCUAUGGCGGUGAUGGAUUCGCUAAGAGUCUUGCUCGAUUCGGUAAGAGACUUUGGAUCAUCAGAACGAUGACUGCCCCUAUCCGUUUUCGCCUCUUGAAGCUAAUCCAUUUCUGUCGCCAAUUUGUUGACCCAUCGGGCUUCGACAUGGUUCCCAUCACAUUCAAGCUCUACGACCAAACAGUAACUUACUAUGGGCCCAACGACAAGUGUUAUGGCGAAUGGAGUUGGGUAACUGAAAGACGGUUUCAAGUCCCUGUCACUGAUUUCCGGUUCCAACCCAAAAGGGCUGCUUAUACAAAGAUCAUGUCUGCUUAUCUUAGGAGCUUGCAAAUCCCUGAACAUGAGCACCCAAAAAUUAUCAAACAUGUGUGUGAGGUGCUUGACUUGGCCGACCCUGGAUUGCCCCUUGUUGUGUGGAUAAGGCGUCUCAUUAUUCAUUGCCCAAACUCCGUCGAAUCAUAUAUCGAGGGGUUGGAGAAAGUGAGGUUUGAUAGUUUGGAGGGAAACACACCCUGUGCUAUUUGUACAGAGGACCUUGAUCACUUUCGAGGAGGGAUUGAUAAAGAUGAGCAGCAGACAAUUAUUCGCUUGCCCUGCUUGCAUCUCUAUCACCGAGAUUGCAUUGUCCCCUGGCUCAAGAGGCGUUGGGUGUGCCCUUUGUGUCGACACUCCAUGCCUCUACAGCAAGCGACUAAGACCAAGUCAUCAACAAGAUCCUCAGCACUGCCGCAUUGGCCUAUGCUGAUCAUGUCCUUUAACAGAACUUGUUCUUUAGUCUUUUACCACCUAACAACUCACGAGGGCAUUUCUCUUGGCAUAAGGCGCGUCAUCUGGUAUAGGAACUAUAUGAACAUGUUCUUUUCUGAUGCAUUGAGGUACCUUUUCCCAUCUUUCUUUCCUUCUCAGCAUCCUCCAAGUACUUUUGCAGUACCCAGUACCUUUAAUGCAACUGUUAUCUUCAAUGCACCUCUUACCUUCAAUACACCUGUUACCUUCAAUGCACCCCUUACCAUCAGUACUCCUGUUACCUUCAAUGCUCCUGUUACCUUCAAUGCACCUGUUACCUUCAAUGCUUCUGUUACCUUCAAUGCACCUGUUACCUCCAAUGCACCUGUUACCCUCAAUGCACAUGUUACCUUCGAUGCACCUGUUACCUUCAAUGUGCCUGGUCCGAGAAAUGAUAAUGAGUCUCCAUCUGUGGAUUCUGCUCAUGGAGUUGAUGAGUCUCGUGUGGUUUCUGCUCCUAGAGUUGAUGAGUCUCCGGUGCAGUCUGUUCCCAGAGUUGAUGAGUAUCCAUCUGCGGAUUCUGCUCACAUAGUUGAUGAGGCGUCGGGUGUGCCCUUUGUGUCGACACUCCAUGCCUCUACAGCAAGCGACUAAGACCAAGUCAUCAACAAGAUCCUCAGCACUGCCGCAUUGGCCUAUGCUGCUCAUUGCGUCUUCCGGCUGUGUAAUAACUGCUACGCUUCUUUGCAGAUUAUUGAAGCGAUCGCGAGCUUAAGAAUGAGGAUACUUGCACAGCCGCCUGUGCUGUUUAUAUUUCUUAUGAAGAUUUUCCGUUCUCACAGUAGUUGAAACUACAUUUCAUAUGCCGCUUAAUAUGAUCUUCUGUACAUUAGUUAUUUUUAACUAUGUGUUUUACUGU